CAGGGAGCAGUGCGCGGUUAUAACUCAGGCCCGUGCCCAACGCCCAGGAGGAGGCAGCGCCCGGCCGGCCGGGAAGGCGCGGGCCUGAGAAGUCCUCAGCUGAGCCGGGAGCAAAUCCCCCACCCCCUACCUGGGGGACAGGGCAGGCUGCUAGACUCCUGUCUUCUGAAUUCCAUAGUGCCUGGGUCUCAGCACAGCACGGACAGUGGGGCAGCAUCUUAGCCCCCCUCUACCCGGGGAAAAUAAGGUGCAGCGACCAUGGCUACAGUAGGACCCCCCCGGAUGUGGGUGCUCCGUGCUCUGAUCACAGCCUUGCUUCUGGGAGUCACAGAGCGUGUUCUGGCAAACGACGAUGUCUCCUGUGGCAACCCCCCUAACACUGGGCCCUCUGGGAGCAAUCGGGACCUUGGAGCUGGGGCCGGGGAAGACGCCCCGUCGGACAACAGCAGCAGCCGCAUCAUCAAUGGGUCCGACUGCGAGAAGCACAGCCAGCAGUGGCAGGCCGCGCUGCUGCGAGGACCCAACCAGCUCUACUGCGGGGCGGUGCUGGUGCAUCCGCAGUGGCUGCUCACGGCCGCGCACUGCAGGAAGACAGUUUUCAGAGUCCGUCUCGGCCACCAAUCCCUGUCACCAGUCUAUGAAUCUGGGCAGCAGACGUUCCAGGGGAUCAAAUCCAUCCCCCACCCUGGCUACGCCCACCCUGGCCACUCUAACGACCUCAUGCUCAUCAAACUGAACAGAAGAAUUCGUGUCACUAAAGACGUCAAGCCCAUCAACGUCUCCUCCCAUUGUCCAUCUGCUGGGACAAAGUGUUUGGUAUCUGGCUGGGGGACAACCAACAGCCCCCAAGUGCACUUCCCCAAGACCCUCCAGUGCCUGAAUAUCACGGUGCUAAGUCAGAAAAGGUGCGAGGAUGCCUACCCGAGACAGAUAGAUGACACCAUGUUCUGUGCCGGUGACGAGGCAGGUAGAGACUCCUGCCAGGGCGAUUCUGGGGGGCCCGUGGUGUGCGAUGGCUUCCUGCAGGGACUCGUGUCCUGGGGGGAUUACCCAUGUGCCCAGCCCAACAGACCCGGCGUCUACACCAACCUCUGCAAGUUCAACAAGUGGAUCCAGGAAACCAUCCAGGCCAACUCCUGAGUCGUUCCAGGACUCAGCACGCCGACAUCCCCACCUGCUGCAGGGACAGCCCCGACACCCCUUUCAGACCCUGGUUCCUUCCCAGCGAUGGUGGGAAAGAAUGUUCCUCUCUCCAGCCCCUGACUCUCUGUCUCCUGAACUCAGGGUCCCCUUCCCCGACGAUGGGCUAACCCUGUCUCUCUCUGGGCCCAUCCCUUCUCUGCAGCGGUGACCCGAAUGUAGUCCCAGAAAUAAAGUGACUGAGAAGUGGA